AUGAAGUUCUCUGCCGCUUGGUGUCUCCCAGCCCUGCUGGCCCCUACACUUGCUGCCAGCAUCGCCAACGGCAACGCUCCGCUUGUCACCAGGAACGAUGACCUUGCCGUUCCCGGCGAGUCUCCCCUCGAGUUUUGCGAUGGCGAUCGUUCAUCGCAUCUUGUAAUCAUCAACAAAGUCGACCUUUCGCCCAACCCACCCGCAGCUGGACAGGACUUGGUGAUCAAAGCCGAGGGCAUCGUUAAAGAGAAGAUUGAGGAGGGCGCCUAUGUCUCCCUCGCUGUCAACUAUGGACUUAUUCGUCUCAUCACAACAGACGCCGAUCUCUGCGAACAGAUUGGCAACGUCGACUUGGAAUGCCCUGUCGAGGCUGGCAAACUAGUCAUCACCAAGACCGUCGAGCUGCCCGCCCAAAUUCCACCUGGCACAUACACUGUCGUUGCCGACGUCUUCACAGCUGACCAGAGGCGCAUUACUUGCCUCAAGGCUAGCGUCACCUUCGGCCGAACUGGCUUCUUCAACAACGAUCUCUAA